UCUGACACCUAUAUAGAGAAGAGUGAAUUGAUUAUUUUGUUCGGUCAUGGCGGCUGUUCCACCUGGUACAUCAUCUUCGGCAGAGGCAUCAGACAAUCUUGAUCUCUUAUUCCGUUUACACAUGCUUAUUCUUAAUUGCGGACAUACAGUUUUAGUAAAUUACAUUGAUCAAACCCUUUCAGCUCAAUCCACUACUAUCAGUACAUGUCUUGCUAAUGAAAAGCCAACUAUCAACAGGUUAAAUGGUUCUGGGAUAAUAACACUUGAGCAAUAUAAUUUAUUGUAUCCAUCGAGUGGCACUGUAUCCACUUCUGAUUUGGACAUCAAGAUUAUCAUUUGUCUCAUUAGAAACCUAAAAUGUUUCAAUUUGAAUAAAAAAUUUAAUUGGAACAUUUUACCAGGAGAAAGUGAUACUUCCAUUGAGGCAGAUAUUUGUAGGCUGAAGAAUUUCAGGAAUGUAAUUUUCCAUAAAUCAAGCAUCCAACAAGAUGAAUUUAUACAUAUGUGGGAGCAAGUUGAAAUGGCUCUUCUAAGAAUUAACAAGGUGUAUCCCAUCGCAGACUUCGAACAGACGAUCCAUGACAUUCGAUAUGGCCCUCUUCAUAAAAAACGAAAACAGACAGUAACAGAAAAGUUACAGACGGCUGAAAGUAAAGACGAAAUGGUAGAACAAUAUCAAGCACCAGACACAACUUCAAAAAUUAAAGUUUCAGAGCAUUUAAAAACAGUCCUCAAAAUUGGUGGUUACGUUGGAAGCGAGCUUGGAAGAUUUGGUUGUGUGGGACCUUUUGUCCGUUUACUAGACCAAGGAGAGAUAUGCUUUUUAACAGCUGGGCACCUUUUCCCAGGAUCUGAAAUAAAUGGAUUGAAAGUUGUUUAUUAUCCUGACACAGAAGAUCAAAAACAAGAUAUAUGUGGAGAGGUUUUAACAACUGGAAAGGAAUUAGAUACAGCCCUUGUGAAAGUAUCUGAUGAGUUUAUACCAAAACAUUGCACAUUUAUCGACGUAGAUAGCGAUGAUCUGUCCCGAGCAGGAUUAAAGUUUCCAUACAAAAUGAGGGGCACAAGUGAUCUGAGAAAACUAAAUCCCGAGACAUACAUUAACAGAAAAAUUGUAGUUCAUUGUCCUAAUGGAAGGUUAUUGACUGGAUACCUUAAUUCUGAGAAAACUAUUACGCUUGAUACCGACAGUCCCGAAAGUCCAGUCGGCGCGUCUGGGUCAGCUGUAUUUCUUGUAGAAGAUAACAACAUUUUGAGCUGUAUUGGGAUUCUGGUUGGAAUGUCUUCUCCAAAGAACAUUACUUUUGUUUUAAUCCAAGAUAUCCUAGACGAGUUUAGUCUUGAAUUAGGACAGUCUUUAGAAAUAGAACAUUUCGAGGACAAAAAGGACACAGAUUUUCUGCUUGAUCCAAAUGACGCUUACAUUUUCAAUGAAGCUUUGAAGAAAGGAUCCGGGAAAGACAGAUUUGUGAGAAUAAAUGUUGUUGGUAACUAUGAACAAGGCAAAACUAGUCUGACGAGAAGGCUUUUGAAUCAAUCUUUGGAAGGCGUUAUACGCACAGAUGGCAUUGAUGUUCAUGUGCGAAAAUGUAAAAUUAAAGAUAAAGAAUGGGAAAGCUCGCCAACCGAAUUUGAUGAAAACGACUGCUUAGAAAAAUUAGCUGAAGGGUUUAUUCGCACUACGAAAAUCACAGAAAAUAAACCAGAUAUACGACAAAACAACAUGCCCUCUGAAAGUAAUACAGACGAAUCAGUCACGGACGUGUUAGCAGAUAAAAUGCCAGUCACAGAUGACCCUCAAAGUGCCGAAUCUGAAACCUCUAAAUCAAUAUCGGGUUUAAUUGCAUCUGGUGAAAAUACAAGCAGUGAAGCAAACAUUGAAGCAAGUUUUAUAGAAAAAAAAUCAAGUCUUCUAAAAGAAAAAAUGAAUAUGCCUUUGAAUCAAACAUUAACCGCCAACAUUUGGGAUUUCGGCGGACAGUUCAUUUACUACGCUACACACCAGAUAUUUCAUUCAAGGGACGCUAUUUAUCUUUUGGUGUUUGAUUUGACAAAAGACUUAAAAGAAUCUAUCAAAGACAAGGAAUUUCCGGACAGAAAUUCAUCAAUGGGGGACUGUCUAAAGUUCUGGCUUGAUUCUAUUCAUGCAUAUGCUGGGUCAGAAGAAGGUGGGACUUCGGAACAUGUGUCAAAACCAUUUGUUAUAUUAGUAGGAACUUUUAAAGACCUAUUUGAGGGUAGUUCAGAAAAGAAAUUUGAAGAAGUUUUGGAUUUGUUUGUUUAUGAUUCAGCUAGGAGUCACUUGUUGCGGGAACAAUAUGCCGUUUCUAACACAAAUAUGACAGAUGAGGAAGUCCAAAAAUUGAAGAGUAAAAUUUUUGAACUAGGAGAGAAACAUGCUGAAGAAAACCAUGUUCCAUUGAAAUGGAUUCCGCUCGAGAUAGCUUUAUUAGCAGAAAAAAGUAAAAACAUCAUAACAAUUGAGGACGUCAAGAAGCUGAAUACAGAAAAUGAGAAUCUACUUGAAAAAGAAGAAUUGAAAACAUUUUUGAAAUAUCUGCAUCUAAAGGGUAUUCUUAUCUUCUUUGACGAAGAAGACCUUGAAGGCCACAUUGUUGUUAACCCGCAAUAUUUAGUUGACGCAUUCAGAUGCGUCAUUGGGUCAAAGUCAUGUAUAAAAGAUGCAAAGUUGCAUCCUCAAUGGAAACUUUUGAAUGAAACUGCAAUUAUAGAAAAUGAUUUUCUAGAGGCUAUGUGGGAGAAAGAUGUAGGAAAAGACUUUCUAAAAAACAAAGAGGUUUUGUUGAUGUUCCUACAAAGACAUAGGAUAUUGUCUAAACUUUUUAUUAUGGAUGAUGCAGAAAACAAAAAGUAUCAAGACAAGUACAUGAUUCCGAGCCUUUUGAAACACCGUUGUAAGCAACAGGAAUUAAAGAUGUUCACAGAUGGUAAAAAUGCAACACUUGUAUCACUAGGUUUACAAAUAGAGAAUACUGCUUUGCUGACAAGUCUGUUCCAAAGAGUAACUGCAGGUGCUUUAGGAAAGUGGUCCCCAGUUGUGAUAGAUAAACGAGUAUUUGUAUUUCAAAACAUUGGUCAUUUUAGAUUAGACCUGCAACAUGUUGGAAAAAUUGAGUUGAAGCCUGGAAAGGGUAUUCAGCUAACCGUUAUAAACCAGUGUCCAGAAAUCAAAGUGGAAAGCAAAGUUUGUGAUUAUUUCAGGAGAUACAUUGAAAGCCUUAUCAAACAUGAUUUUCAAAAACGUUGGAAUCGUAUGUACAAUGGCAACUGUUACAAACAUUACUUGGCAUGUAAUGAUCGGUCACAUGACGGAGAUGGUAGCAAGGGUACAUACGAUAUAGACAAGGUGAGGAACACAGAAAAAGCUGGCUGUCCAGAUUUCGGUGACCAUUCCGUUGAAUGUAAAUCUGCGAUUGAUGAAUGGUUCUCGCCAGGCAAAAUAACGGAACUGUACCGUAUUGAAGAUCGACGAGUAACCGAACUGGAACUCGGUAGGUUAGCAGGGUGUAUUGGGAAGAACUGGGAACUUCUUGGUACAGCUCUUGGUGUUCGUCGCGUUGACAUAGAUCAUCUUAAGGAAGAAUAUAAAGAACAGACUGCAACCUGCAUUUUCAGGAUGCUCUGCAUGUGGGAACAAUCAAAACAGGACGAUGCCACAUUGGUCCAGUUGGUUACCUGCAUAGAAGACAAUCCAGUCAUAAAUGUCGACAAGGACAUGAUUAAAAACAUUAUAGAGCGUAAUUAGAUUUCACCCUUAGAAGCAAUUUUGAAAAGAUAAAAAGUUAAUGAUUAGUAAACAAUUAAAGAAUGUACUCACUUUUGCAAGUUGCAAUUUCUAAAUAGGUUUGAAAAUACAGUCUGAAUAUAUAUGCUCACAUGUCACAUGAUGUAGGUCAGGUAAGUUUCUGAAUGAAAGCUCUUAUUCAUUCAACUUCUCACAACAUUGAUUCCUGAUAAUGAAACGGUGUUAUAAACUGAGCUCAUGUGAUUUUAUGUUGGAUAUGUUUAAUGAAGCAACACACAAAGUGAUGAAAGCGUUGUUGAAACAGCGAUGUAAUUUCGAUUUUAAAACAUGUAUCGGCACUAAGUGAUAAAUAUCAGAUGGAUGUAAAGAGCUUUCGUGAUAAGUGUACAUAAGUUCAUUUCCAAUAUAAUUAAGAAACUAUGUACAUACAUAGCUUUCGAUUUAAAAACAAUUGAUUGUCGUAUUGCUUUUAUGUGUAAUUUCCAUGACAAAAUAGAUAGAGUAUACUAAGAAGAUUGGAGAAGCAGGAUUCAGGAUUACAACAAAGUUAUCAAUAUUGAGAUGAAAGUAUGUCCGAAGUUUUGGCUUCAUUCCAUUCGAACAUAUCCUGGGUCUGAGAAAGAAGGUUAAAUUUUUACAAAUACAACAAAACUCAAUGUUAUUUAAGUAGAGAUAUUUAAAGAUAAAGGCAAUUCGAAAGAGUAAUUGUAUGAUGCUUUUAUUAUUUUUGUUGAUGAUUGUCAGCUAGGAGACAACUGUUGCCUUUAGAAUAUUUGUUUCUAUCACAGAAAUGCCAGAUUAUUAAAUACGAAAAUAAAAGGGACACAUAUAUGAAGUCUGAAUUGACAAUGCAGGAAGAUGGUGAGUUACGGUGAAAUGGAUACCGCUCGAGAUAGGUAUAUUAGCAGAAAAAAUAAAAACAUUUGAGGAAGCCAAGAGUCUAAAGAAAACGGGAACCGAGCUGAAGAAGCAGAAGUGAUUUUUUAGAUAUAUCCACAUGCACUGGUGUGAAUUACUGAACAUUUAACUCAAAAUCUUUAUAAAAAGAAGACAACUCACUGAGCAGCAUGUGAUAUAAUUUACCUCUAAAGGCGAUUUAAAAAGGAUACUUUUUUCUUUUAAACAUUAUUUUCAUUCAUUAUGCAUUUUUUUUCUUAUUGAAAUAUAUCCCAGUAAUGCUGAAGAGUAUGUUGAAAUUGGUGUCGUUGUAAUAUUGUGAUUCUGAAAUUAAUUUGUAGUUUCGUUUGAAGUAUUAUCCACACCUUAGAUAUUCCACUGACAAUGUUUUUUAGUUUAAAGUAACGACCUUUGUAUGCUAGUCCCUAGUAAUGUUGUGUAGUAAACUUUUGAAGUUCUGAACUUUGUAUGAAAUACAAUAAGUGUAUGUUUAUAAGAGGAAUAAGGAAAUCUAUUGACCUAACUUCGGCCCCGGUGAAUAUCACAUAAGCAAUACCAAUAACGUAAAUAUUCACCAAGAUCUUCAUGCAAUAACUGUUUUAUUAUAUGAAUAUUCAAAAAGCCAUACAUUUACGUAAAUCUAAGAAAUUUUUCAUGAGGUUCUCUAUGCAGGAAAAUAGUAAAACAAAUAUAAAAUAACAUGUUAAUACGUACCUUAAACAAUUUAAGUAGAAACAAUUAUUUUUCUUGUGAGAUUUGUUAGCUGAACGCUUUUAUUUGUUUCUUGAAAAAAAUAACUAGUAGGGAUGAUAUUAUAUUAUUUUUUAGAGUUUCCUCAUUUCCAAAAAUGAAGCCUUCUUAUACCCUAGCUUUAGUUAGAAGAUGUCCGUUAGAGUAAACCGUACGGUAAAUUUUGUUCAGCUUUUGAAUACAGGUGACUUUUAAGGCAUACAUCUGACCUAUGUUGUAUUUUUUUUCAAUUCCUUAUAGUCCCGCCUAAUGCUGCUACUAUCAGCACGUCAAUGAAAAAGUGAUUCUUUUUACAGUUAACGGUUCUUAUUUUGGAAAUGAGAUGAAAAUAUAUUAUUGUUGUCGUAGGUGUUUUUACUGUUUUUCAGUGAAUGUUUGAUUUUGACUUUCCGUAUUUUACUUAAUAUGGAAGUUAUUAUUGUUUGUAUGUUUGCUGAUGAUUUCGCCUAUCUUGUUUUUGAUUUGUUGAUUGUUUGUGAUGUAUCAUAUUGUAUUAUUGUUACAAUAUAUUGUAUGCUUAUUUUGCUUCACUUAUUCUCGACUUAUAUACAUAGAAUUCUCGACUUUUAUGCAUAUUUACGAUCAUUUUCUUUGUUACCACUAUAUUUAAUUAAAAUGUCAUUCAUUUUGUAAGAUUAUUUUCAUCAAAUCAAAGUGUUAAGAUUGAUGAUAAAUAAAAGUCGUUCAGGUUUUUUUAGUUAUUCACAAGAUAACAAAUAAAAUUUAACAAGAAACCAUUUGUAAUGUUUUACCAAAGAUGUGAUGUCUUACAACAUUUGAGAAUUUCCUUUUCAUUCAGAUAUGUACUUUUUUUCCUUUAUUCAUAAUAUUUUAGGUAUACUAUGUAAAUUCUUUUGUAUAAAAGUAUGUGAAACAUUUUUCAGAUUCCUUUAGAUUUAUAUUAUGUUUGAUGUAUGGGGAUUGGUUAUCCAUUCAUAUGUACACGCAGUAGAAACUGCGUCACUGUUUGUUUGAUAUCUUGUCACGUAUUUUAUUGAUAACUGUUACCGUGGUUACUGAGUUAGUUGAACACGUAACGGAGUUAUUCUGGUUAUUUGCGAAUGUCGUUGAAUACUUCUAUGAAUAAUAAAAUCUCUCCAAAUAGUUGUUAUUUAUCUUUAAUGCUUAAAUGAAAUGAUUUGUUUUGUCAAAAUACAAUUUGAUAUCUAAUAUAGAAAUCAACUCUCCUUCUACGAAUCAAAGUCAUUCUAAUAUAAAUACAAAAUGAAUAGCUUAUUCAUAUACGAAUACAUGUAUGUACCUAGUAUUCAAGAUCAUAUAAAGUAGACUAAUUUUGUAAAACUUCAGACGUCAGUACAUAUAUUUAUACUUUAUUUUUAGUCAAAUAUCACGGAAUUAUAUCUCUGCAACUGCUAUAAACUUUCUUUGAUAAGGUACAUUUUACCAAUUUCAUAUCUUCUAUUUGAAAAAGACUUACGUUGCGGAUCAUACAAAGGUUAUUUAAAUUAUAAUUCAAGGAUCAAAUAUGGUUAAACCAGAUUAAGAUGUUGUAAGCAGAAGGGGAGUGAUACGUAAGUAAUGUAUCGUAUAACAAUGACAUUAUUUUUCUUGUGAUAAAAGUUAUUGUACAUAUGGUGAUUUUUGUAAAUGAAAUGAAAAAUUUUGUUACAAGGCUCAGACAUUGACAAUACAAUUUGUAUAUUCAAAAUGUGUUAUAACUUAACGGAUUUUUGCAACGUUUGUUUAAACCAUCAUCUAGGUUUCCAAUCAGCCAUGUCCUAGGGAUAACUUGAUAUUAUAUGCACUCACAUAGGAAAUUUUGUAAAAUCAUCUUUAUUGCUUCUGUCAUUUUUAUAUUUUAUGUGUACCAUUGUAUAAGACGUCUUCUUAAUUAUGUGAAUAUUCAUUUUUUGACUGAUAUUCAUAUUUAUUAUAUAAUCUAUAAAUAGCUUUGAAAUGCCUUUCCCUGAUUGGCUAACAAGCAAUUCUUUUGUAAAAAAUAACAGGUCAAUAUCAGAGUAUAUUCCCUGUUUUUUCCCGAAAAAUAGAUUUUCAGAGUAUAUUCACCUGUUUUGUUCUAAAAAUAGAUUUUCUGGAAAUCCCUAAAAGACGCGAGACUUUGACAUUGACGUCACGCCAAGUUUGUUGUUAUUAGUCUGGAAAAAAAAACAUUG